AUGAACAUCCAGCUGUACAGCAUCACUGUGUUCCUGGUUUUCAACCAGCUGUACCCGGACGAUGAGGCUGAGGCCGAUGAGGCCGACGACGCUGAGAGCGACGAGGAACCAAUCUGGCUGCGGAAUGUGGGCGUUUUGGACCCCAAAGUGGCAGAAGACGCUGAUGUCUGCGCAGCAUUUCUGGAUGGUCUCACUGGCUUUGAGACAGAUCUGGAGGCCGUCCCGCAGCACCUUCCCUGCUUGGCCAGAUAUUUGGUGGGCCAUCCGGAGGCCUUGGUCACCAAGAAAAAGAAAGGCCACAAGAAAGGCAGCGGCAAGCGCUACUUCGGCGGCGAAGAUCGCUCCGAGGAUGUCAUGGCCGACAAAGUGGUGACGGGCUGCUGGGCCUGUGGCAAGUUGGACCACGAAAGCCAAGACUGCAUUUUUAAGCGCUGUUUUGUGUGCUCUGAGCAAGGCCAUGAGGUGAGCGAGUGUCGAAAAAGGAACAUCUCCUGUAAGAGGUGUUUCCGACAGGGCCACUUCUCGGACUUGUGCCCGUUGGAUUCAUACGAAACGUUCGACCAUGAGGAUGACAUGAGUUUCUGCCGCUGUAUGAAAUGCGGCGAAGAAGGCCAUCUGAAUUGCGGGAGCAUGCCAGAGACGGAAUUUGCUGAGGCCUGGCAGGCCGGACAACACCGGCAGCAGCAAAAUAGUCGUGGCUACGAGGAGCAACCUCGCAACGAUUGGUCUCCACAACGUGAAGUUUGGGGCAAUGGAGGUUGGGAUGGUUGGCAACAGAAAGAGACCAUGCACAUGGUCAAUAGCGCCUGGAUGUUUCAGGCGGGCAUGAGUCCAAUGCCGGUGGGUGCCGUGGAUUGGGCCCCUCCGGCGGGAGACGGUGGAGGCUACGACCAAAGCUACGAGAACUACGAUGCUGGAGGCUACGGAGGAAACCGCUGGGUGCGUACUGGCAACAGCAAAGGUGCGCAGGGAUGUGUCCAGCUAUCCGGUGUAUCCCAUGGGGGAAGAGAUGAUGUCAAUUUCACCAUGGUGGAUUUUGCGUCAGCAGUUCCUUUGCUUUAG